UUAACUAAUAAUACAAGAAACUGGUUUAUUUAUUGCAAAGUAGGUAUACUGAAAAGCAAAUUAAGGUGUUUAGUUGUGUCGUUCUCAGUGUCUGUUUAAUGAGCUAAAGGAAAUCAAAACCUGACUAGAAAAGGUUACGUUAUUGCGUUGGAUUCUACUGUCUUAUUGCUAAAAUGAAGACGUUGAUCACAUUAUCCGUCAUUUCUGUCUCCAUCUGCUUCAUAACACUAAAAUGUUCAUCUUCUUCGCUUGUCGAUCCUGACGAGGAGUACUGGCGCGAUCCACUACCCUGGCCAAGGGCUCAUAGGAUGCCAAUCUCCCGGCGUCCUGUGCGGCAUUGGCCUUGGCGAAGGAAGUUCGUGAAGCCAAAAACAACGUCUGUACCGGCAACAUGGGCUGCAAUACCUGGUCCUGACUUUUGCCGGAACCACACCAAAGUAUCUCGAGUCCAAGACGAGCCAGGUCCUAUUGUAUGCUUGCGUAGGAAUGUCACAGAGCUAAUGGAGCAGCUGAGGACCGUAGGGGGCCUUAUUAAGCGGUACAUGGCUGUUACAGUGAUCGACGCAUGCGGGUUUGAGGAUUUGACCACUAUCACAUCACCAACAACGACAACAGCAGCAGGAACCACACCGACUUCGAGGACGCCACAUACACAUAACAUUGUAAGGCGUCCAGCUGAUGAACGAGAUUCCGAAACUGGAGCCCAGCGUCGCAAAAGGAACAUUCCCACGUCACCAGGCACCAUUUUUCGCGGGUGUCAGGGGCGAGGUACAAUACCGGACGGUGCUACUACACAUAGAUUAUGCACCGAGUGUGCGGCUACAACUCGACUGGAGAGCGAUCGAUUUCCGACUUUCAUCAACGAAAUUGUUUGCCGCGAUGCUGACCAGCAGUGCGCUGCCAACAUGGGAUUGUGCAUCCAGCGAAACCUACAGCUGCCAUUCUUGAGAUCAACCGGUGAUUUCCAGUUUGACGCUUCUUUGAGCAGUUUGACAGGGAAGACUGUGUACAAGGAAGUUUGGAUUGAAUAUACUCAAGAGAUAAGGUCGUGUUGCGAAUGUCAAAUGUACACAUUUCUCUAUAGCGAGAUUUCAUCAAGAGAUGAUGACUGAAAAAUUAAAGGACUCAGUAACGGGAUUUUGAGAUAUUUUGGCCGCGUACAAAAUUACUGUUAAGUUGAAGGAAACCUAAAAAUAGUAGUUUACUAAGAUAUAAAAACAUCGGAGAUAACGAUACGCCAUAAAGGAACAAGGAUGGUUGAGGAUGGAGAAGAUUAACACGGAUUACAAACGACGAACUUAAGACAUUUAGCCUAAGCUUUUAAUUUCAAGAUGAGCGACGUAACUCCUUUUACCAUAGUACGUAAUCUGUCUGCAGGCAAUAGAUUUCAAUAGAUUGCCGGCUUAAGAGCUUAAAACUCACAGUAUUUUGGUUACUUUGUAAUUCUUCUGACGUGGAUGAGAUAACUAAACUUUAUUGCAUUUUCCAUCAAAUGACUUUCUAAGCUGACUUAUGUCCAAACUGGGAGUGAGACAGAAUUGCUAUCAAAAGAUUUCAACCGCUCUAUCUUAAAAUUAUUAUAAUACUGGUAGGUUCCUUAGUUACUUUAUUUUCCCCACUAUACUCAACUAUUGCGUCAAAUGGGGUCCAAUACAUAACGUAAUGGAUUAA